AUGCAUACUUUUCUUAUUGAUUUUCUUACUCUUGGUGCUAUCCUAUCUGCACUACUAGUAGUUACAUCUAAAAAUCCUGUUAUGUCAGUUCUAUUCCUUAUUUCACUAUUUCUACAUGUUUCAGGAUAUCUUGUUCUACUAGGUCUUGGAUUUAUGGGUAUUUCAUAUCUAAUUCUUUAUAUUGGAGCUAUUGCUAUCCUAUUCCUAUUUGUUGUUAUGAUGCUAAAUCUACAACUUGCUGAACUAAAUGCUAUGGCUUCUGAGUAUACUCAAAAUCUUCCUCUAGGUUCUAUUUUUGUAUUUCUUCUAUUCGUAGAACUAUUUUCUAUGUUCCCAUUUAGUUCUAAUAAUGAAUACAAAAAUCUUAACCCAUUCAAAAUUUUCCCAGAUAUGCAAAUUGGUAUUAUGAAUACUCUUAAUAGUAUUCUACAUAAUUUUGGAUAUCCUACUCUAUCUAACUCAUAUGAUGUAUAUCAAACAUUUACUUACAGUCCAGAUUCGAACUUUGCUACUCUAAUUGAUGUACAAUCAAUUGGAUUUACACUAUAUACAUUUGGAUCUAUUUGGCUAUUUGUAGCUAGUCUAAUUCUACUGCUUGCUAUGAUUGGUCCUAUUGUACUUACUAUGAAAGUACGAACUCUGGAAAACUAA